UUUCAGCGUGCCUCGUAUUAAUUUUUCGUCGCGUCUUGUGAAAAUAUUUUCAAUUAUUUUCUGUGAUUAUAUUUAAAGUACCGACAAAAGGAAACCAAAUCAUUCAUUUGGAAAGUUAAUGAUGCAUACUACAUAACAUAUAUACUAUAAUUUAUUUCAGUUCACAAAUACAAAUAUUUCUUAAGUGAAUAGUGUAAUAAAGAAAAGUGCCAAUUCUAAAAUUGUGCACAUUGUUUCAACUACAAUAUGGCACCGGCGCCCCAGCCCUUGGAGGGAAAAUUUCAAGGUCCGAUGGCUGGUUAUCUACCCUCCGGUCAGGAGGGCGGUCCACGUAUGAACACAAUUUCACUUGCAGUACUAAUUGAUUUUAUUAUACAAAGAACUUAUCAUGAUCUCACUGUACUUGCUGAACUGCUUCCGCGAAAAACGGACAUGGAGCGAAAAAUCGAAAUUUACAAUUUUUCCGCACGAACGCGGCAGCUAUUUAUACGUCUUAUUUCUUUGGUCAAAUGGGCGAAUUCAGUUUCUAAAGUAGAUAAAUCGGCGAAUAUCAUGAGCUUCCUGGACAAACAAAAUAUGCUUUUUAUUGAAACUGCUGAUAUGUUGGCCCGCAUGUCUCGUGAGACACUAAUACGUGCUCGUCUGCCAAAUUUUCAUAUUCCUGCAGCUGUUGAGGUACUUACAACAGGUACAUAUAACCGCCUUCCUACAUGCAUACGAGAACGCAUUGUGCCACCAGAUCCCAUAACUCCAGCUGAAAAGAAACAAACGCUUUUAAGAUUAAAUCAAGUAAUACAACAUCGGCUAGUUACCGGCAAGUUGUUACCGCAAAUGAGAGAAUUUAAGAUCAAAAAUGGACGUGUGACCUUUGAAGUAAAGCACGAAUUUAAUGUUUCUCUAACUGUCAUGGGGGAUGGCAACAAUGUACCAUGGCGACUUUUGGAUAUCGACAUACUUGUUGAGGACAAAGAAACUGGCGAUGGCAAAGCUUUGGUGCACCAGUUACAAGUAAAUUAUAUUCAUCAACUUAUUCAAGCACGCUUGGUAGAAAAUCCAAAUGCACUUAGCGAGGUUUACAAUUGUCUGCACUAUUUUUGUCAAUCGCUGCAAUUAGAAGUACUUUACACACAAACACUGCGGCUGAGUUACGAACGUUUAGAUGACAAUAUUAAUGUAGAGGAGUACGUACCUGGCGUAAAAAUAACAGUGUCCUAUUGGCGAGAACUUACCAGUAAAGAUUCGAAAUCUGAGUUGGGCUAUCGUUUAACCGUACAAUCGGAUCCUAAUGAAAUCGGACGACCACUUGCUGUUGUACACGUACCCUCAUUGGGCGCAAAGGAGUCGGCUGAGGUAGCGGAUCGUGCAGUACGUUCCGAUCACCUUUCCAUGGAGCGUUUAAUUGUGUAUACAGUGUAUAUACGUUCCGUUUCACGACUCAAUGAUCUAAAAUUGGAGUUCCAGUCAUUUUUGAAAGAUGUCGACUUCAAUUUACAAGGAACGCCCGCUAUAUUGACCGUGCCAGUGCUGACGCCGUGUUUGCGUGCUGAACAAGUACAUAUAACUAUUGACACACACACCGGCAUGCUAAGAUGUCACGUGCCAAAGCAUUUAGACUGCCCCAUCAUGCCGGAAAUGCAAGCUUGCUUGAAUGGCGAUAGAAGUAAAUUACAGCAAAUCAUGUCUGAGUUGAGAUUUUGGAUAACUCAUCGUCGUUGCGAAAAAACCUUGCAACAUUUACCGGCAGCUACCACAGAAACAUUACCUUUUCUUUCGCUGCCCGAUAAUCCGCUCAUGCAACCAGGCCGACAUAAAAUUUAUGUUAAACUGCAUCGGCAUCCUAAUGUUAUAAUUGUCGUGGAAUUAAAGGAGAAAUCCAACACGCCGAACGAAAUGGAAUACACUUUUCAUUUAGGCUUUGUCGCAUAUCAGACCACUGAGACCGACGUGACAACUGAGGAAGCACAAAAUACACGUUUGGUUUCCAGUUCCAAUCCACCGCCACAUCCACCCACUGUUAGCGCAGAGGUGCCUAAGGUUUAUACAAAAUUAUUGCGUCUAAUAGAAUUUGACACCUUCGUGGCCACACACGGACCUGGAACCGAUGUCGAUGAAUUGCCACCACAUAAGCGCAAGGCAAACAGCGAAAUCGGCCCGCCAGCCAAGCAACAAAAAACCAUUUAUCCAGCUUACUUUAUACCCGAAUUGGCGCAUGUCAUUGCCAUGUGCGAUGAAAAGAUACCGUUUUUGAAUUUAGCGCAGGAGUUAUCACGUCGCGAAAUACCACAUAGCGGCCUGCAAGUAGAGGCGAAUGCAGCGUCACUGGUGCUGAAGAUACUUGCGCUCCCCAUGCCGGGUCAGCAGCCACAAGAUCAAAAGAAUCCCACCAGUUCGUCAUUGCCAGUUCUCGAGAAACCGAUCAUCAACGAUCUAUUGAAGCGCUUGCUCUCGAUAUCCAUACGUUCGCAAAUGAACAAAUCCAACCAAAUGCGCAAUUGGGGUGUCGAGUUCGUAUUUUACAGCACACCCCUACAGAGCACCCAUCAAAAAGAGCAAGGCAAUCGUCGCACAGUUUAUUUGACGUACGAACAGGCAAAUCAUGAUUUCGUGAAGACCGUUGAUGAUUUAUUGCGCGACUGGUCGAAGAUUGUCUACCUUUACACAUUGGUUUUUAGUUUCGCCGAGCAUGUGAAAAAUAAACGUCUGAAUCUCGCCGAUAUGGUUAGCGUAAAGUCGUACAAUUACAUGAAUGUUCUGCUGGGCUACGGACCUAAGAAGGAAGUUACUUGCAACAUUUCUUGGUGCGCACAAACGAAUGGUUUCCGUUUGAUAUACGUUGGCGGCAUAUCAGCGGUGAACGCACAUUCUAUGAUGCGCGACCAGUUAGCCUCGCACUUGAAUCGUCAGCAUAAUCUUACGCAAAUCGUGCAAAUACUGCAUGAAACAUACACUCCGCUGAGUUCGAUUUCCAAGCUGCCCAUCAUACCACUCCUGGGCAUACCGCGGCCGCAAGUACCCAUCCUGUCGUUUUGCAUACUACCGCAGUCGCCGUGUCUCAUACGUUUGACAUAUCAAGCUAUUUACUGCCUGGAGAUACGCAUGCGCAAUGGCCGCUUAGUAUCGAUUCGCGAUGGCGCAUACUCGCGCUUCGAUCGUAAUUUAAUAGAUGAGUUCACACCAAUACAAGGGUUGAAAGGUUUCCUCUUGAAACAUGUCGAUGAAAAUGCCGUUUAUCGUGGUCGUUCACAAAGUGAGGAUGACAAUCCACCCUCACCUUUAGGUAUGGAGGACAACUACUGCGGUCCUGGCAGUGUGUCUGGCGCUGGCGCCGGUGGUUCAUCACCUUUUACAAGUGGUGGCAUGCGUGGUCCACAGUCACCACGUGACAGCGGUUUGCGUUUUCCCGCACCACAUACUCCACCAUCCAGCUCAAAUCCACACACGCCAGCGAGUCCACAUCCAUCCGCCAACGCUGGCGGUGGUAACAAUCCAAAUCAUCCGAAUUUCAAUUUAACCUCACCACCCGCACACCACAUGCCACAUCCUUCACCCGGCGGUCUUAUGCCAUCAUCACCACUAAAUCCCCAACCAAGCCCACAUAUGGCCCAUAGCCCCGGUCCGAAUACGUUGUAUAUGCAGGGCCAUCAGGACUCACCGUUUACCGCCAUGUCGCCGGCAAACACAAAUUGGCCCGGUUCGCCAAGCAUGCCGCGGCCAUCACCACGUCCGGGUCAAAGUCCGGAGCAUAAACCAAGUGGCAGCUCUGGCGGCAACACAGGCACCUCUUCGGCUAUGUCACGUGUGCCCUCGAAUCGUUCGUGGGCCGGCGCGGUGCCCACGGUACUCACGCAUGAAGCAUUGGAGACGCUAUGUCGGCCCAGUCCGCAUCCCAACAAAGAUAUCACUGGUUCGGAAAUUAGUCCAUUGGAACGCUUUUUGGGUUGUGUAUUCAUGCGUCGCAUGCUGCAACGGCACAUUCAAGGUGACGAAUCGAUUACGCCACUCAAUUCCAAUGAGCCCGGCAUGGUGCUCUUCAAGGUGGACGGCCUGCAAUUCCAGGUGAUGCUAAACCAAAUGCAUAUGGAGUCGUUGCAUUUGAAGGCACAGCAUUUGCCGACACCACCCACACCGGACGGCAAGCAACCAUUCCAGCUGAGCGCCGAUGAUUUGUUAGUGCUGGAGCAGUUCUUCGAUUUGCGCGUGGUGGCGCCACCAUAUCGGCCGAACGCUAUGACUGCCUUCUGUCGCGUGCUGAGCUGUCCGGGCCAAGUGCUCAAGGACUUUGUGCAAAUAAUGCGCCUCGACCUCAAGCCGGAGGUAAUGGGCGAUCAACUGAAGUGGGCCUUGCAAUUCUGCAUGCGCGUGCCACCGUCGGCGGCGAUCAUACCAAUAGGUACGCCGGGCAUCUAUAUCUGCAAGUUAAAGAUUCUCUUUUUCUUGCAAAUCACACGCAUACCAUACAAGGGCAAAGAGUGGAAGGAUAGCCCCACGUUGCUGCUGCCAAUGGUUUACGAUCUAACUUCGAAUAUUACACAGUUGGUAGAGCGGCGAGAACAGGUGCAGUCACCGGCCAUGAAUGCCGCCAGCGCAUUGUUGCGCCGCUUCACCGAAUUCAGCGUUCAACAUGGUCAGUGCUCGCUCUUUCCAGCAGUUUUGGAUUUGCUAACCAAUCUGCAGCUGCCAAACGAUGUGCCGCCGCCAAAUCAGAAUAUUGGACCACCGGUCGGCCAAGUGGUGGGUUCCAGUCCAAAUCCGAUGAUGCACUCGCCGAUGCAGCAAAUGGGUCAGAUGGGCCCAUCGCCAGUCGGUCCUGGUUACCCGCAAAUGGCGCAAAAUCAAGGUCCGCAGUGAUGAAGGCGCAAACGCCGCACGGUAAACAAGAAUAACAACUGUGCUGGCAGUGCUGGCGGCGACUAAAAAGCAAAGCGCACACGCAACGCGCAUUAUUUGCUACACAAACUGAUGGGACACAAAUUAACCGGCCUUCAACUCCGACUAACUUCAGAACAUUUGUUGUUUUUCUUUUAUAUUUUGGACAUAUUUUGAGGGAUGACUGUGUUGGAAAUCGUCGAACAAUGACAAAAUUUAUACAUAGCAGUUGCAAAGAUUAAGAUACAUAUACUUAUAUAUAUAUAUAAAUGUUUGGAAAUUAGUUAUAUUAAUGAUUUGACGAAAAAUACUAUUUAUUAAGAAUGCUGAAUAGAUUAUAAUUACCGCAAAUAACUGCAGUUUUUCUCUUCAUACACCAAAAUAAAGUGCUAAAUAAAAA